AUGGCAAUCAGCUCCGUCCUAGAUCGCUUUGUUGAGCAAGCACCAAGCAUCGUCCAUUGGAGGGACGCGCAUGGCAAAGUUCGCCAUACGAUGGACAUGAAGAGCAGAAACUUUUCCCGUUUCAGCUACGAGGAUAGGCCGUACAAGAACGCGCAGAGAAACGGAUUGAAGGCUGAAGGCGUGACUGAGAGCGGAGCAAAGGUGCACUGGGAUGGAUUUUCGUGGACUCAAGAGAACUAA